AUGGUUUCAUUGAGAGCGCUAGCCGCAUUAACACUAUUUUUUACCAAAUUGGUAAACAGUAAUCCUGUUGCAACCAAGAAUAGAGGUUCUAUACAGUUUCUUUACAAGAACAAAGAGAAUACACAGUAUACUACCAAUAGUCAAACCAUUAGUGACAAGAUUUACGGGGUCAAUAUAGGCGGAUGGCUAGUACUAGAGCCAUACAUUACACCAUCUUUAUUUGAGGCUUUUCGCACGAAUCCACACAAUGAUGACGGUAUACCUGUUGAUGAAUACCAUUUUUGCCAAAAACUAGGUUACGAAAAUGCAAAGGAGCGUCUUUAUAACCACUGGUCGACAUUUUACAAGGAGGAAGACUUCGCAAAGAUCGCUUCCCAAGGCUUCAAUUUGGUUAGGAUUCCAAUUGGAUAUUGGGCUUUCACAACUUUGAGCCAUGAUCCCUAUGUUACCGCUGAACAAGAAUACUUUUUGGACCGAGCUAUCGACUGGGCUAGAAAAUAUGGCUUGAAAGUAUGGAUCGAUCUUCAUGGAGCAGCCGGUUCACAAAACGGAUUUGAUAACUCAGGAUUGAGAGAUUCAUAUAAAUUUCUGGAGGAUGAUAAUUUGAGUUCCACCAUGAAAGCUUUGACAUAUAUUUUAAGCAAAUACUCAACUGAUGCGUACUUGGAUACAGUUGUUGGAAUUGAACUACUCAAUGAACCAUUAGGUCCAGUCAUCGAUAUGGAAAGGCUGAAGAAUUUUUUGUUGAAGCCUGCUUAUGACUACUUAAGAAAUAAAAUUAAUAGUAAUCAAAUUAUUGCCAUACAUGACGCUUUUCAACCUUACCAUUACUGGGAUGACUUCUUGAAUGAUGAGGAGGGGGCGCAUGGGGUCAUCAUCGACCAUCAUCAUUAUCAAGUAUUCUCACCUGUGGAAUUAACAAGAAAAAUUGACGAACGUAUAAAAAUUGCCUGCCAAUGGGGAAACGAUGCUAUAAGUGAGAGACAUUCGUCUGUGGCAGGCGAAUUCUCCGCGGCAUUAACAGAUUGCACAAAGUGGUUGAAUGGGGUUGGUAUUGGUGCGAGAUAUGAUGGAAGUUGGGCCAAAGGUAAUGAUAAAUCAUAUCACAUUGGUUCGUGUUCAAAUAAUGAGAAUGUUGCCUUGUGGUCAGAAGAAAGAAAACAAAACACUAGAAAGUUUAUAGAGGCCCAAUUAGAUGCUUUUGAGAAGACUGGAGGAUGGAUAAUGUGGUGUUACAAGACAGAGAACAGCAUUGAAUGGGAUGUUGAAAAAUUAGUUCAGUUUAAUCUCUUUCCACAACCUAUUAGUGAUAGAAAAUAUCCAAAUCAAUGUCGCUAA